AUGGUCAGUUUAAAUACACAAAAUGGACGAAGUGGAGGAGGUAUUUCCUUCGAUGAUCGAUCAUUUGCUGCUGCUGACGAAAAUGCACAUGAAAAUACACCACUUAUUGAUAGUCUCGAACAACCUUAUCGACCAAUUCGUACAACUGGAUUUAUUGUAUUACAUCUUUUACUUACAAUUGCUUUCAUAACAAGUAUUAUACUCUUUCCAUCAACGAUUUGUCCAGACCCACUACAUAAUGAUACGAUAGGAAGAUGUAAUAAUCAUUCUGGUUAUAAUAUAGCAUUAUACAUUCAUGCAGGUGGUUAUAUUGUUAGUCUUGGUUUUGAUAGAUUAUACCAUCAUUAUCAAGAUUUAUCUCGACGGGAUGGUUAUCUUGAUUUUUAUCGACAAACAAGAAAUCUAAGACGUACACCUUUAUUUAUUAUUUCAACAGGAAAUGCAAUUCUUGUUGCUUUAAUUGAAUUACUCGAAUUGUAUAAAAGUGAUUUAGCUAAUUUACAUUGGACAAUAUAUCCAUGGCAUUUUCUUUCAAUGCUUACUUCUAUUGAAGUACUUAUUAUAUUAAUUUCAUUAUUAUGGUAUCUUGGUCUUACAAUUAAAUUUAAUAAACGACGUGCUCGUCCAGAUGCUACUCAAGAUGAUUUACUUUCAAGCUUUGUUACUUCACAAACAUCAGCGAAUGAAAUUGGAUUUCGUGAUGAAAGUUUUCGAGAAAAUGUUCUAGAAAAGCAAGCUGAUUUAAUACGAUAUUUACGUGAACGUAAUGAACAAUUAGGUCGUCUCGUUCUUCAAUUUAAACAACAAGUUAAUUUUCAACAAGGCAUUCCCAAUCGUAAUCUUUAA